GGCGAGAGGGGAGGAGUGAAGGUGGAUAGUCAGUCAGCUAGAUAGUAGCACCAUCGCUCGCUCCAUCUCCUCCUACUCCGCGGGCUGGCUGCGGCUCUCGCUCGGGCUGGCCGCUCGCUCGCCCGCCAGUGUUCUCGGCGCAGCGCCAGUGGCCCCUACUGUCGCGUUUCCUACGCUCGCUCUCUCGCGUUUUUCUCCCUGCUGCUGGAUUUUUUUCUCACGUGCGUCUGAAACUGCGCGGUGCCCACCAUGAGGUGACCCGUGUGUGCCAGUGAUGACCCUUGCUGGUGCCCGUGCAUGUGUCAUGUGCAGGAUAUUGCUGUUUGUCCGCCCAUCGCGCUCAACCCACUCCGAGGAGAUGACUGUUUUUUGCUCCUUGAAACUCAACAAGGAUUUCGCCGUCCAUCGUUUGAUUUUUCAAGGAGUGUGACGACCAUGCGCGGAGGUUGCGUUGUGAUGUUGCUGGUGGUCACCAUGAUACUGCCCAGCUCCUCUGUCUCCACUGCGGACGACAACACAGCUCGCUUGGUCAAAGGGGUCGAGGAGAGCCUGCUCAAGAUGUUCAGCCUGAGCAAACGGCCGAGGCCGGACAGAUCCAAAGUGGUCGUUCCAGAAGCGCUCAUUCAACUCUACCGCCUACAGACUGGACUCGAACUCGACACCACGUCGCUCAACGUGCCAGGCAAGAGAACGGGAUCGGCCAACACGGUUAGAAGUUUCACUCAUAAAGAAAGCGAGGCGGACUUGAGAUUCCCUGAGGGCCGCAACCGCUUCCGGCUGCACUUCGACGUGGAGAAACUCCCGGCGGAGGAAGAAUUGCAGGCCGCAGAGUUACUCCUAAGUCGGACGAUCGCGUCCAGCGCGCCGGACACGACGCGGCGGAAGCGGGUGCGCGUGCUGGUGCACGACAUUGUGCGGCCAGGCACGCGGCUCGGCGGCCAAGAGGCCAUUUUGCGGCUGUUGGACUCAAAAGAGGUGGACGCCUCGCACCCAGAGAGCGGAGUCUCGCUGGACGUGUUGCCGGCAGUGGUGCGGUGGCGGACGGCGCCCCACCUCAACCACGGGCUUCUUAUCGAAGUGCUCGGCGCGUCCGAGGCCCAACACAACAUCAGACUAAGGCGGCGGCGAAGAGAGGCCCCGUCCGAGCGCAAGUGGCUCAGGGAGCAGCCCCUCCUCUUUGCGUACACAGACGACGCCAGACAUCGUCGCAGCAAGAUGAAACGGAGCGACCCAAAGGGCCGAGCCAAGCACAAACAGCCAGUGCGGGAAACGUGUCGUCGGCACAAUUUGUACGUCAACUUCGAUGAGGUGGGGUGGAACGACUGGAUCGUGGCACCACCGGGCUACGACGCGUACUACUGCCACGGCGAGUGUCCGUACCCGUUGGCGGCGCAUUUCAACACCACCAACCACGCAGUCAUCCAGAACCUGAUGAACUCGAUGCACGGCAGCGUGCCCAAGGCGUGCUGCGUGCCCACCGAGCUCUCGUCCAUCUCUAUGCUGUACGUGGACGAAGACGAGACGGUUGUGCUCAAAAACUACAAGGACAUGGAGGUGCAGGGCUGCGGCUGCAGAUAAUACCAUGAACUGCCGAAAUAAUUAUAUGAACCUGCCGGCCCCUUCAAACUCUUGCUGUGAUUGACAAUUAUUUUAGGAGUAAUUUUAAGGCCACGUGAAGGCUCACGCCAAUUUGCGAGAGGAGGGUGGAGGCGUUGUAGGCCUCUCUGUUGUGCUCGAAAGUUUCCACCAAAUCCCAAAACUUAAUCACGACCAGCAGUCGGACUCGAAUAAGUGCGCCGUCGGUUCGAGCGAGUGCAUUUUUUCUGUUACCGUGUCCCGCCUGCAACUUAUUAACAGCGGAUGAGGUCAUCCGCCCCACUGGUGUUGGCCAAAAAUUGGCCCAAUUUUCGACUGCUAUUAAAUGAAACAAAUUUUUGUUGAGAUGACAACAACUGCAUUCCAAUCAUUAGUCAUGACAUUGUGCCAAAAGUCCCUCUGGAGAGGCGCUGGAUAAUUUGGUGUCACACAUUGAGCUCCAAGCCAAAGGGCGUUUUUUUUUUUUUUUAAAUAUAAA